GAAAUCAUGAAAGUUACUAAAAUUCACACGUAAGAAACCCGUAAAGUUGAGAUGAUUUCAACUUUACGUAUUUUUUACGGUCACCCAUAAGAUCUUAUGUUCGAACGUAAAACGUAAAAAUUACGGCUAUUCAUUAUAAACAGGCACACUGGUUUUGUUAAUAUUCAACUUUACGUUUUACGUAUUUCUUACGGGCAUCUUAUGGUUACAUCCAUUAUGAAUGAGCACUAACUCGACAACCAAAUCUGGAUUUGAUUUCGAAGAAAUUGUCCAGGAAGUAAACGAAAGAAAUCUUAGGAAGUCCAAUAUAAUUAUUUAUGGAAUACCGGAACAGGAAUGUUCCAUUUCAAGCAGUGACCGUUGUAAUCUGGACAAAUCAAAGAUUUCAGAAGUACUGCACCAUCUGAUUCCCAACAUAACCGUCGAUACAGCUAAACCAAUUAGAUUGGGGAAAUUUGAUGCAACAAAGGAACUACCUAGACCACUUAAAAUCAAGUUACAGGGUGAAUCUCAAGUUUUUCGACUUUUAUCUAAGUCAAAGGUGUUACGGGAAAAUCCACACUACUCUUCAAUUAGAAGCUUCUGA